AUGCAGUGGCCUUGCCAAACAUUGCUCAAUGGGAUUGUGCUACAGUUUGUGUUUGGUCUCCUGACUCUCAGGACCAACGUUGGCUUAACAGCUCUGGAAUGGAUUGGAAACAAGGCAAAGACAUUUCUGUCAUUUGCAGCUGUUGGGUCUGAGUUUGUGUUCGGCAUCAGUUUUAAAGAUCACCUCUUUGUCUUUCAGGUGAUGCCUAUACUGGUGUUUCUAGGCAGCGUUAUCGCCAUGCUCUUCUACAGUGGCUUCAUGCAUUGGCUGAUUUGUAAUAUUGGUUUCCUAAUGCAGCAUACAAUGGGAACAUCUCCAACAGAAUCAAUGGCUGCAGCUGGGAAUAUAUUUUUAGGACAGACGGAGACAGUUCUCCUGAUUAAGCCGUACAUCAGUGCCCUAACCCUCUCUGAGAUCCAUGCUUUGAUGACAGGGGGGUUUGCCAGCAUCUCUGGUAGCAUUUUAGGAGCCUUUAUCGCUUUGGUGAUUGAGGCAGCACACUUGUUGACAGCAUCGCUGAUGUCAGCACCAGCUUCUCUUGCAAUCGCUAAAACAUUCUGGCCUGAAACAGAGGUUCCAGCGUCUUUCAAAGACAAUGACCUAAAAAUCGAAAAAGGAGAGAGUAAAAGCCUCUUGGACGCAAUCUCUGAUGGUGCAAUGAGUUCUGUUGGUGUUGUGACCAGCAUUGUUGUCAAUAUCAUUUCCUUUCUGGCAUUGUUGGCCUUUUGUGAUGCUGCCCUCUCCUGGUUGGGAGAGAUGUUUGACUGUCCACAGCUCAGCUUUGGGCUCAUCUGCUCUUAUGUCUUCAUGCCUAUCUCCUUCAUGAUGGGCGUUUCCUGGGAGGACAGCUUCGUUGUUGCCGAGCUGCUGGGCGUAAAGACAUUUCUCAAUGAGUUUGUGGCCUAUCAGAAACUUUCAGUGCUGAUUAUGAAACGAAAGGAAGGCGGUCCAGAGUAUGUGGAUAAUGUGAAGCAGUAUAUCUCCGUCCACUCUGAAACCAUCGCAACCUAUGCCUUGUGUGGAUUUUCCAACUUUGCUUCAUUGGGGAUGACAGUUGGAGCUCUAACAGCCUUAGCUCCUAACAGACAGUCCGACUUCUCCAGCUGUGGGAUCAGGGCUCUGGUUGCAGGCUCUUUCUCUUGUUUUAUGACUGCUUGCAUUGCAGGCAUUCUGUACAUCCCUGACCCUCUGUGCCCACUUCACCUGAGCUCACAGUUUAACAACUCUAAUGUGACCAGCAGCAUAGAACUGCUCACCUGCUGCACAGGGCUGUACGAAAGUGUUAAAUUGCAAGGGUCAUGGAACGUGACCCUGGGAGAAGGAUUCACUCUAAGCAGUCUGCGAGGAUGCUGUGUUCUAACUCCCUCUCCACAUUUUAACUGCAGCUCUAUACUUUGA